GUUCCCUCUACAUCUGAAACUCCAGAGCAGCUGCCUGGAAAAAUAACUUGAUAAACUCCGCAACAUGUAGUGAAACUGUUUCUGCUUUCAGACGCCGAGACAUGUGAAGCUGAGAAAGCGCCAGAGCUACCUAAUCCCAAACAAGUAAGCAGAAGCAUUGCAGAGGAGUUUGCCUGUGCGCAGAUUGCGAACUAUUGGAACCGGGAAACAUUCAUAUUUGAUGUUCAAUCUCUUUUGGCUGGCUUAAUAUUUCGAUUACAAUAUCAAAAUGAGAACUGUAGUUCUAAUCAUUCUUCUGUUGUUUAUUACUGAGUGGACCACUUGCACCCAAGAAGAACAUGCCUCUACUUCUAAAUCCAAAAAGAGGAAGAUUCAGAACAGACGCAGAAGAGUUUUAUCAAAAAGUCCCAAUGCAAAACAGCUGAUGACUAAGCCCUUAACCACUCCUAUUCCAGAAGGACUUAUGCCUGUCUUCAAUGCAGAUGAUGCCAAAGUGCAUGUUUUACAAACAAUUUUAGGUGUGAAUGAGCAAGCGCCAACUUACAACAUACUACCAGUGAAGAAAGGCCACUGCACAGUAAAUGGAAUGGUAAUGUUUGAAAACGCAGUUUGGUCCCCUAAGCCUUGCAUUACGUGCAUGUGUUCAAAUGGAAAAGAGAUUUGUGAUGAAAUCAUCUGCCCCAUUCUAACAUGUCCUAUUACUCUGACUCACGAGGGAGAAUGCUGCCCAGUCUGCAGUAACACCGUUCAUCAUCACCAACCUGUUCAAGUCCCUAAUACAAUUUUAUUGGAAAAUGUACCUGAAUUCUCUGGGGAUUCUUCAGAGCCAAACAACCUCAAUGAUCUGGUCAUUUUGAAGGCCCCAAAGACACAAGAAGAUAUGGAUGAGUUAUUUAAAACAGAAGAAGAAAAAAAUUCUAAGAGAGAAAAAUUAGAAGCAAAAAAAUUAAAGCAAAAAAAGAAAAAGGAGGACCAAAAAAGACAAAGUGAAGAAAAAAGGAAAAAACAGAAAGCCAGAGAGAAAGAAAAAGAAUCUGAAGAAAAAAGAAAAGCACAUGAAGAAGAGAAAGUUAGAAAAAAAGAAGAACAAAGAGAGCGUGAAGAGGAAAUGAAGAGAAUUGAAGAGAAAAAGAGAGAAGAAUUAAAUGCGCUCCAAAGACUACAAAAAGAGAAAGAAGAACAAGAGAAGUAUGAGGAAGAUGAUGAUGAGGAAGGUGACGAUGAUGAAGAAGAGGAAUAUAUUUUGAGAGGAGAUGUUUUCAGGAUCUCACCAAGAUUUCCAGGUUCUCGCCAGUCUGCUGUGAUACAUCACCCUCCAUUACCUUCAGGUUGUUUUAUCUCAGAAACGACAGUUAGCUGUUCCAAUGCUAAACUAAAACAAAUACCAGCUAUAUCUGAUCCUGACGUGAAGAGCAUAGAACUUACAGAUAAUGCUAUUACUGCAAUUCCAAAAGAAGCAUUCAAUGGCAUGCCAAACCUGGAACGGAUUGACCUUACCAGGAACAGUCUUACAUCAAAUGGAAUAGACUCACAAGCAUUUAAGUCACUGAAAAAGCUAAACCGCCUGUACUUGGAUGGAAACCUACUGAACCACAUGCUGACUGAAUUACCAUCUAGUUUAGAGGAGUUAAAAUUGAACGACAAUAAACUCGAGGGCCUCAAAAGGCACAGUAUGGAAGACCUAACAAACUUGAUAACUUUGGAGAUGGAAGGAAACCAGCUGAGUGAAGGCAAUGUCAGCCCCUUAGCAUUCAAACCAUUGAAACAUCUGGCUUAUUUGCGUCUAGGAAAGAAUAAAUUCCGGACAAUACCACAGGGACUCCCAGUGUCUAUUGAGGAACUCCACUUAGAGAGCAAUGAAAUUGAAGAAAUCGUGGAGACCUCAUUUAAUCAUACAAAAAAUCUCCAUACAGUUGUAUUAAGGCACAACAAGCUUGAAGAAAGCAGAAUAGACCCGCUGACCUGGAUCUUUCAUAAGAACCUGGAAUCAAUAGAUCUUUCCUACAACAAACUCUACCAAGUCCCAUCAUAUUUGCCAAAAUCUUUACAACACCUUGUGUUAGUAGGCAAUCAGAUAGAAAGGAUCCCAGGUUAUGUUUUUGCACAUCUUAAUCCAGGACUGGAAUAUCUCUACCUUUCCUUCAACAAAUUAGACAACGAUGGAAUUGACACAGCUUCCUUCUAUGGAGCAUACCACUCAUUAAGAGAAAUGUUUCUUGAUCACAAUGGAUUACAGAAUGUGCCAACUGGAAUAGAAUACAUGACAGACCUUCAUAUUCUAAGGCUUAACAACAACAAAAUCAGAUCCGUGUCUCCAUACUGUAUCUGCAGUGCUGAAGAGGAAGGUGAUUCCAGCUUAGAGGAGCUUCAUCUUGAAAACAACUUGAUCAAUACAAGGGAAAUUUCCCCAUAUGUGUUCUUUUGCAUUAGAUCAUACUCCAGUGUCAUUCUUAAGCCACAGAAAGUCAAGUAAAACAUUGCAUUGGAUUUCCAUUAUGAUUUUUGUAGGUUUUGGAGUAUGAUUUCACUAUGUAAUAAAGUCAUCAUAAUCAUUCA